AUGUCUAUUAUUGUAAAAUGUGCUUCAUCAUUGUAUCUCGUUGCAAGCCUUACAACAGAUGCAUCAGAGAAUACAAGAAAAAGAUAUUUUGUCCAUCAGCAGAUUUGGAAUAUGAAAGACAAGAAGAAUCAGAAGAUAACAAGUUUGGUAAUGCGUAAAAGACAGACUAUGGAUUUGCUGAUGCUUGUGAAGGCAACUACAUAA